GGCGGGGCGUGGGCGGGGCCGCCCGGCCCGGGGGGCGGGGCCCGCGGCUGCCCCCGGCGAGCCCACUGCGCCUGCGCUGACAGACGCAAGAUGGCGGACAGUGCGGAACUGAAGCAAAUGGUUAUGAGCCUUAGGGUUUCGGAACUGCAAGUGCUGUUGGGCUACGCCGGGAGAAACAAGCACGGGCGCAAGCACGAACUGCUCACGAAAGCCUUGCACUUGCUGAAGGCCGGCUGCAGUCCGGCUGUGCAGAUGAAAAUCAAAGAACUCUACAGGCGGCGCUUCCCCCAGAAGAUCAUGACACCCGCGGACUUGUCCGUCCCCAGCGUCCACGCCAGCCCCAUGCCGGCGACCUUAUCUCCAUCCAGCAUUCCACAGCUCACCUACGACGGUCACCCCGCUUCAUCCCCGCUGCUCCCCGUUUCUCUCCUGGGACCUAAACACGAACUGGAACUCCCACAUCUUACGUCAGCGCUUCACCCGGUCCACCCGGACAUCAAACUGCAAAAGUUGCCAUUUUACGAUUUACUGGAUGAACUGAUCAAGCCCACCAGUCUAGCAUCAGACAACAGUCAGCGCUUUCGAGAAACCUGUUUUGCAUUUGCAUUGACCCCUCAACAAGUACAGCAAAUCAGUAGUUCCAUGGAUAUUUCUGGGACCAAAUGUGACUUCACAGUACAGGUCCAACUAAGGUUUUGUUUAUCAGAAACCAGUUGUCCACAAGAAGAUCACUUCCCGCCCAAUCUUUGUGUCAAAGUGAACACAAAACCCUGCAGCCUUCCAGGUUAUCUUCCGCCGACAAAGAACGGUGUGGAGCCCAAGCGACCCAGCCGGCCGAUCAACAUCACCUCACUUGUCCGGCUGUCCACGACCGUGCCGAACACCAUCGUCGUCUCUUGGACUGCAGAAAUUGGGAGAAACUAUUCCAUGGCAGUAUAUCUUGUAAAACAGUUGUCCUCAACAGUUCUUCUUCAGAGGUUACGAGCAAAGGGAAUAAGGAAUCCGGAUCAUUCUAGAGCUUUGAUUAAGGAGAAAUUGACUGCGGAUCCUGACAGUGAAAUAGCUACGACCAGCCUGAGGGUUUCUCUGCUGUGUCCGCUUGGUAAAAUGCGGCUGACCAUUCCAUGUCGGGCUCUCACGUGUUCUCACCUGCAGUGUUUUGAUGCGACUCUGUACAUCCAGAUGAAUGAGAAGAAGCCCACGUGGGUUUGUCCUGUGUGCGACAAGAAAGCCCCCUACGAGCACCUCAUCAUUGACGGCUUGUUUAUGGAGAUCCUGAAAUACUGUACGGAUUGCGAUGAAAUACAGUUUAAGGAGGACGGCUCGUGGGCACCCAUGAGAUCAAAGAAGGAAGUGCAGGAAGUUUCUGCCUCUUACAACGGGGUGGACGGGUGCUUGAGCUCUACCCUGGAGCACCAGGUGACGUCACACCACCAGUCCUCCAACAAAAACAAGAAAGUGGAGGUGAUUGACCUGACCAUCGACAGUUCAUCUGACGAGGAGGAGGAGGAGCCCUCCGCCAAGAGGACCUGCCCCUCCCUGUCCCCCAUGUCACCGGGGAAUACUAAAGGCAUCCUAAGUCUUCCACACCAAGCGUCUCCCGUGUCCCGCACCCCGAGCCUUCCCGCCGUCGACACCAGCUACAUCAAUACGUCCCUCAUCCAGGACUACAGACACCCCUUCCACAUGGCCCCCAUGCCUUACGACCUGCAAGGAUUAGAUUUCUUUCCUUUCUUAUCAGGAGACAAUCAGCACUACAACACCUCCCUGCUGGCCGCCGCCGCCGCCGCCGUGUCCGACGACCAGGACCUCUUGCACACGUCACGCUUCUUCCCGUACGCCUCCUCGCAGAUGUUCCUGGACCAGCUGAGCGCAGGAGGCAGCACGUCCCUGCCCGCCACCAACGGGAGCAGCAGCGGCAGCAACAGCAGCCUGGUGUCCUCCAACAGCCUGCGGGAGAGCCACAGCCACCCCGCGGCCGGCCGGGCCAGCGCGGACACCGCCUCCAUCUUCGGCAUCAUCCCAGACAUCAUCUCCCUGGACUGAGCUCUCCCAGAGCCCCGGACUCGCAGAAGGAAGAGAACUUUGUGCUCUGUUCUCCCUCGUUCUGUGCAGAAAAGUACACGAGCGUGUUUUUCUUUCUUUUUUUUUUUUUUCCUUUUUUUUUUUUUAGGGAAAAAAAUUAAAAAGAAAUGUACAGAGAACAAAACUAUAUUUUCAGUUUUACUUUUGUAUAUAAAUCUAAGACUGCCUGUCUGAGAGAAACACUUGUAAAAAAAAAAUAACCAAAAAAAGAAAAAAAAGGAAGAAAAGAAAAAAAGAAGUGCCCACAAACCACCUUCAGUUGUUUUUUGUGUUUUGUUUUGUUUUUCUGGAUUCUGAAGACUUUUUUCCCCAUCAUUUGUCCUAUGGUUUUGGUUUUACUUUACUUCAAAGGCAUUAUUUUAUUUGCAAUAACAGAAAAGGAAUUGCAUGUAUGAAGUUUUAAAUUGUGGGCUUUUCUUUGUCAUGGGGAGGGGGCUGGGGUAGUUUUAAUUUCCAUUUUCUACAAAUGAGACUUGGGUUGUGUGUGUGUGUGUGUGUGUGUGUGCGCGCGCGCGCGCGUGUGCGUGCGCUUUCCCCAGCCCUUAAGUUAUAAAUCUGUCUGUCUCACUGCAUUCCCUGUGUAUUCCAGGACAUAGCUUGUGGGUGUGUGUGUCCUGUGUGGCUGGGUGUGUGUGUGCGUGCGUGUCUGUGUGUUUCUUUCUGUCAUUGCUGUUUCUUUUCCUCCCAAGUUUGCAAUUUCAGUUGAUAAAUCACUUGCCUGCUUCUUUCAAAGUGCUUGAAAGGUCUUGAAUUCACGUCUAUGCGUCCUUAUUGGGUCCCUCGGUCGCAUGUCCCCAUCUCACCCUCUCUCUUGUUGGCUCAGUACCCCCCCCCCGAGAAUCUGUCUCGAGGCUGCAGGAGUACCGUGUGAGUCAGGAAUGGGCUCAGCGCACCUGAGAGUGACACACUGGAGCUCAGCUCUCCACUCUCCACUCUCCACUCUCCACUCUGCACUCUGCACUCUCCACUCUCCACUCUCCACUCUCCACUCUUCACUCUGCACUCAGAUCGCCAGUAUUAACGCAUCUAAACCAAGUCUUUGAAGACCUGCUUCCCCCCCCCAUCUUUCUUUCUUUUCUUUUCUUUUCUUUUUGGCCACAGGGUAAUAAGUCUCCACUUAAGAUCCCGCUACCAAAGUAGGAAGUCAGAACUGCCCAGAAAGCCCUGCUGGGUGUCUUGUGCAGCUGACAGAGGGAAGGUCACAUCAUGUCCACAGAGAAGGUCAGUCAGUUCUCCUACACGCGGGUUCUGUGGGAAAUGCAGUGUCCCACUGUCAUGUCCAGAUGUGUAUGUCUACUGAUAAGCAGCUGAAGUUCCAAAUGGGCUGAAAUAGCUCUUAGUCGCCAUCUCUCUGGUUCUGACUGCCUUGUUUCUUAGCCUAGCUCUCUUGUUACUUUUUUUCUUUAGUUUUUAAAAACAAGCAUGACAUAGGAAUUUUUUUUUUUAAGUAUUCACAGAUCAGUCUGGUGUAUUUUUGUUAAUAAUGGAACAUGUAAGUAAGCACACUGAAGACUUCUGGAGAUGAGUGAGGGCUGGUGGGAAAGUGGUCCUACUAGUGUUCCAGAAUCCUCAUCAGAGAAGAUACUGACUAAUCAUUUGGAUAGUACUUUAAGGUAUGGAAAAUGCUUUUCAGAUGGUCAAGAAGCUAACAGACUUAGUAUCAUUUGGCCAGAAGAGACAGAGAAAGGACAUAAUGACUGCCAGUUUGCCAGACUGGAGUUUUCUGUUACAGCUGGUAGUGUUCUCAGAGUUGACAAAGGACCACCUUUGUGCAGACAGUCACUAUGCAGACAUUGCAGCCAGGCAGAGUUGAAGGUGUCAGUUUCUCCAGUUGUACGAUGAAGCUGAGGCUUCACGUUACUUCACAUGUGGCAUCUGGAAAUAAUAUCUCCCUCGACAGCCUCUCUGCCACUAAACUGCUGACUUGGAUUCUGACAAACAAGCUGGUGUUGAUACGUGUACGUGUGUGUGUGUUCAUAGGUCAUGUGUGUGACAGUAUCAUCUCCCUGCGCCUGUGUAAUUCCACACACAAGCCUGAGUCACAGUACUAAGCAGCUUGCAAUUUAAAAAAGGACUUGGUUGUCAGUCACAACAGGAAAUAAUAGUUAUCUGUCGUUCUUGCUAGCGGUCUCGAUUCUGAUCAGUCACACAGUGGAUGACUGUGAUGCUGAACCAUAAACUCCCUAAGUGACCCGCUGGAGACCUGCCCUCCCCCCCCCCCACUCCCUUGGGCCUGGCACUGGAGCGGGUCCAUUCCCUCUGCGCCUGCUCCAAACCAGCCAAAGGGAAGAGCACAUAUGGGGAGGCAGCAUGUCCGUCUCUUGGCUCUAGUUGCAUCCACAGGAGAACUCACUGCCCAGCUGCUGCUUGACUCCAGUCCCUUCCUUUCUCAAGAGGCGGGCUGCCCGCAGCUGCUGACUUUCCAGAGUGUCACCUUGGUCGGAGCUGGGGCUCCACUGGUCCCGGGGCUGGUCUCAGUCCAGCAGGCAUCCUCCAUCGCUGUCGAGUGUGGUCGGUUCGUGCACCGCGUCUGUGUCUUAAGUUUGCGAAAGAAUGGCCUUGUUGGUUCAUCUGUCUUCCUCGGCCCAGCCUCACUCACCCACCCACUGCCAACACAGACACACUCUCUGUGGACAAAUGGCCCUUCUAGAAGUUUCAGGCAGGCCUGCCCGCAUGCCCCCCUUGCCUGACUCCUAGUGGGUGUGGGUAUGCUUGUGUCUCUGUAUAGGUGUGUGUGCGUACACUUGAAUUGUCACCCGGCCGGCAACGGAGAAGUGGCCGUUAAUGACCCAGUGGCUGCUGUUGGACGCACCUCAGUCUGAGCCGUGGCCGUGUCGCACCUGCGGACAUCUCUGUUUGGAGUGUUGCGUUUUCCUGGCUUCUUUAGACAACAGCAUCCACCCUUUACUCUCAUGGCUGAUUUAGGAACGGUUCACUUAAGCUUCUACAAAUGUGACUUCUUGGCGAGUCUCCUUUUGAGUCAGAUGUCUGGAACAGAAUGGAAAUAUACCCCGUUUAUGAAUUGCUGAGUGUGGGAUACUGAGGGUUUGUUUUGUUUUGUUUUGUUUGCUUUUGCUUUUAAACAGUUCCUCUUUCAGAUAUGUAAAUCCCUUCAGGAUCUUAAGGACUUUAAAGCACAUUUGGAAUUAUUUUAAUAAGAAUUUUGCUUUAUCUAUACAUGUUGAAUUCUGUUUUGUUCAUUAAAAACACAAACCUUAGGUUUCAGAAAGAGGGAAGGUGAGUAGCUGGUGGUCCCAGGGUGUGCUGCUGUUAAUUGUUUAAUUAACAAAGGGGAAAUGUAUAUAAGCAGAUGCCAGAUUUACCAUAAAUUCCAUGAACUUAAAUCUGUGAUUCAUUGCCUUAAAACUUCCUCUUAGGAUUUCCAUACCGCAUGCCAAACCAGUAAAAUGGCUUUUAAAAAAAAUGUAUAGUAGACCAAUGUCAGUUUGUAUGAAAGUACCAAGUGAAAAUAUUUAUUACAUGCGUUGGAAAAAAUUGUUUACCUAUUGAAUGUUACCUGUUUAUGUAGAGCUCUCUUUAGAUGUAAUAAAAGGAAAGCCUCCA